AUGGACAUCUCCGAGUACUCCAGCAUCGUCGAUGAGGUUCACGGUCUCGAGGGGAGUGAUAUGAGUGACGACGAAGGAGGAGAGAAGCAACAGCAAGGCCGCCUGGGAAGCGAACAAGGUCAGGUCAUCGAGCGUGGGAGGGAUCAGAAGGCGAUGACGGGAGCAGGCGCCGAUUCGGGCGCUGCAUUCGAGCUGGUGGCAGGGGACGCCAAAGCAGCCGUAAACGCGCAAGCACUCCUGCGAGCGUUUCACGAGCUGGAGAGUCUGGGACCUCGUUUGUCCUCGCUCUCGGAGCAGCUUCAGUACGCCCACCUCACCAAGGACACCACUGAAGAUCAUAGCCGAGCAGAGAAAGCUUUGACAGCAGUCGAAGCUUUAGCCUUUCAGCUCAAGCGUCUGGUAGCCGGAGGUCGAGAUGUACAACAGCCCGACGUCCCACCUAGUUUGUCAGUGGCACGACCUUCUACGCCACCCAGGAAGAGAGCCAAGCGCACGGUGGACUCCGCGGACUUGUCGCAGUCACAGAGAGGCCAGGGUUGGGACGCUAAUAGAGGCAUUCUCGCAGCAGAUACAGAGGAAGAGUCGACGGCUGGGCCUGAGACAUCGAAUGCGACGGUUGGACCUUCGACUUCGACUACGACGUCUGAACCCUCGACUUCGAACGAGACAUGUGCGCCUUCCACCUCGACUGCAAACCAUGAAUCUUCGACUUCAACUGCCACCACUGAACCCGCGACUUCGACGUCCACAAACACAACCACAGACCCACCAUCAUCUGCACCCUCCACCUCGACACUUACACCGACAUCGACAUCGACAACAUCAGGCCGUGUCGGAAUAUUUCCCGCAUGGUAUUGGGCUGAACUAGAGGAAUGGAGGAAAGAGGAGCCCGAACGGCGUCAUAAUCAUUCCACUUCCAAUCCCCAGGCGGGACCCUCGCGUACGCACUCACAGUCCCACUCACAGUCGCAUCCGCAUCCAGAGUCGCGCCCGCAUUCGCCUAGGCAAUUACAGUGGGAACAUGAGACCCCCGAAAGUAUGGCGCCACGACGACGACGACCGCGGCCGCCGCGAUCGCCAUCGCCACCUCCACAUGAAUCUGCUCGUGUCCUUGACCGUGAAGCCCCUCCGCAUUUCCAGUUUCGUGAACAGGCGAGGGCGGCGACGAUGGGAAGUUCGAACACGAACGCUCCGGGAGAGGAUCUGGCUGGUGGUGUCUCUGUGGGGAUUCAAGACAACGACAACAAAGGCGAGGGUGGCGGCGGAGGAGGAGGCGAAGGGAGUCGGCAGACCGUUUCGAGGUGGCGGCUUUGAGGGCUCUUUCGAGAUGAAUCCUGGUCAAUGCAAUGCGUGUUCGUGUGGCCACACAUGUCAUGCUGGUCUCGGUUCGUAUCUUGGCUCGGGACGUUUCAUACGGGAUAAAGCCUGAUAAAGCUCUCGGCGCUCGGCUCUUGGGUUCUCGACGACGGACGACGGACAACGCGACAGCUGGCGACGAGUUUCAUCCGCGACAGAGACCGAUUUCGGAUCAGGCUAGGUUGAGCUGGGAAGGGCGGCAAGGGACUCAUUGUGACUGAGCUGGGAAGUUCAGCGUUUCAGCGUUUCAGCCUGCGGGUAUGAAUAUGAAGGAAGAAGUCGUGACUCUACUGGGAAUCGUCGUCAC